AUGAAGAAUGAAGAGCAAGCACGGACUCUGUUUGGGAUUUCUUUCUCUGAGAGGCCCAGAUGGAAACAAUUCUUCAUUUUCUCUUCUGGGUUCUUCUUUGGUUAUGCUGUCAAUGGCAUCUGUGAGGAACAUGUGUACAACAUGCUCCAAUUCAGCUAUGGAUGGUACUUCAUGUUCGUUCAAGGAUGGGUGUAUAUAUUCUUGAUUUACUUGCAAGGCUUCACUCCAAAGCAAAUGGUGAACCCAUGGAAGACUUAUGUAAAGCUCUCUGCUGUGCUCAUGGGUUCAAAUGGACUUACCAAAGGCUCUCUGGCUUUUCUCAACUAUCCGGCACAACUCAUGUUCAAAUCCACCAAGGACUGUGCUGUGGUGUUACUGUUUGAUCUGCUUCUAGUCCUGGGUGGAACCUCUGGUGUUUGCAGGGAGCAAUAUCGAUGA